AUGGAUUCGCAGGAACUGGAUAGCUUCUUCUUAAGCCGAGAUCAUAUUAUGUUAUUGAAACUGUGCAUUCUUUUUAUCUCACACUUUAUCCUCGCGUUUUUGAAACAGGACGAUUUAACUCAUCAGCUGGCCUCUGAAUUUGCACAAUUACUGCAGUCUCAAGUCCCUACAUAUUUUGACAAUGAGCUUCCGGGUCAGACAAGGGUAUCCUCACCCAGCUAUUUGCUUACAUCUCCUACUUACAGCCCCACAUCUCCUACUUACAGCCCUACAUCUCUGUCAUACAGCCCUACCUCCCCAUCCUACAUCCCCACGGCCCCCACCUCACCAUCAUACAAACUGACCCCACUGCCUUACAGUCCUACGCACCCUGGUUAUGUUCCUACUACGCCAAGUUAUAGCCCUACUUCACCUAGCUACAGUCCUACCUCACCAGCCUACGGGCUUACCUCCCUAUCCUACACCCCCACCUCACCAUCCUACAUGCCAACCUCACCUGCUUACAGUCCUACACCCCUUGGUUAUAGGCCUACUAAACCUAGCUACAGUCCUACUUCCCCAGCCUAUAGCCCUACCUCCCCGUCCUACAGCCCCACCUCCCUGCCAUACAGCCCUACGUCCCCAUCGUACAAACCGACCUCACCAGCUUACACUCUUACGUCCCCUAGUUAUAGUACUACUAUGCCAAGUUAUAGCCCAACAUCACCUAGCUAUAGUCCUACCUCACCAUCAUACAAGCCGACCUCACCUGCUUACAGUCCUACACCCUCUGGUUAUAGUCCAACUAUGCCGACUCAUAGCCCUACUUCACCUAGCUACAGUCCUACCUCAGCGACCUACAACCAUACAUCCUCGUCCUACAGGAUGACCGCACCUGCUUACAGUUCUACAGACUAUGGUUCUAGUCCUUCCACGCCGAGUUAUAGCGCUACUUCACCUAGCUACAGUCCAACCUCGCCAAAUUCCAAUCCAUCAUCAGCCAGUCCAAAUGCUGGUUACUCGCCUAGCGCACCUGGGCAUUCUCCAUCGUCUACAAGCCGUGACGGGUCAAGGUAG